AUGAUACUGGGGCCGUACCGAAACCCGCCUUACCGGACGCCCACACCCAAGUCAUCUCUCAGCCCGCCGCCUCCUCAUGGUAGUACGCGGAACCCCUCGCCAAAGCGGAAGCUACAUCCGGACGAGGCUGAUGUGCCCAUUGCUGGAAGCGCUGCUGGACCAGCACAAUCACUUCGAGUUGACACGACGUGGAAUUCGGAUGGGAGUCUCGUGGUGCCCGACAGUCCGCGAAGUAAAGUUGCCGAGCGGCUGAAGGACUUAGCUAUCCGCCAAGCACGACCUACAAACGCAGUCACCAGUCCACAGCGGCAAAGUCCUUCACAGUCGCCACGGAAGAAGCUCAAACGCAAUCCUCAUAUACGCGACUUGCGUGGAGCUGUGCAAGCGAGGCAGUUAUUAGGAGACGCGGUGCAAACUCCACCCCAAGGUGCUGGUCGUUGUGUGGAGAUCCCAGACAGCGAGAGUGGGAAUACGACGCUUGUUUUGGAGGUCGAUGAGACGAUCUUGGACGAUGAAGACUAUGCAUGGUUACCUCCCACGCCACUACGAGAGAAUGGCAUUCGCGAUCUGCAUCAGGCGAUCGAUAUGGUUAUGUCGUCGGAGGACGAUGCCGAAUCAGAUCAUUAUCAGCGCCAGCAAACGGAAUUCAAAACGAGUUCGAGAAACAACAAAAGAAUGCUCUCCCCGCCGCCGCCUUCUCCGCUAGGACAGUGCUCACAAGGGACCAACGAGGAAGCGAAUCUCUUCUUGAGCAAAUCACCUGAUUCAUCUUUCAGCGAUGAUGCGACCAGCUUCGACCCGGCGUCUUUAACAUGGCAAGAUUCAGAAAUUACUGGGCAUGAAAUUACUUCUCCGGAUGAUGAUGGAGAGGGUAUCAACGGAAUUGGCUUCAGGCCUACGCCUGCAAUUGCUUACGCGCGGAGUCAGAAACGGAGGCAGCAGGUGGAAGGUUGGAAAGCAAGAGAGGCAAAAGAAGCCAGACAGAAGCGGUUGGAACGAAGACGUGGCUCUGGGCGAGGCAAAGCCAUCGCCGGUGGUGGUAUCGGCUUGGAUGGAGCAAAUGAUGGAUUGGGGAGUGACGGUGGCACUACGCGAAGGACUGUGCGGUUUGCGACGUAA